UUGAAAUCUGAGGAUGGUUUGAGGAACCUUGAAACCAGAAGGGGUAGAGGGGAGGAUGCGACUUUAGGGGAAUGGACAAAAGAUGAAGUUGUGGGUUCUGAGGAUGGAGAUUUGGUGAGUGUUAAGGCGAAGCAGAAUGUGGCAGUUCAUGGAAGGGAUGACAUCAUGAUAGAUGAGAAAGAAGAGGACGUUGUUCGAGUAGCUGAUAUGGCUCCUGCUGAAAUAGAAAUGAUCAAAAGGUGGAGCAGGGCCAAGUUGAAGACCAGAGUCUUGAUGCUUCCAGUUCUAUGCGUGGCAAUGGUGACAUUGAGUAUUUGGAAACUGUUGGACAAACAACAAAAGGCACCCCGGCUAUGGAAGUGAAAGUUGUUGAUCAUAGUGAGUCUUUGGAUAAAAAAGACCUGAAUGUAAGCACGCAGUCUAAGAUGGAAACCUGUGAUGGACUAGAAAAUCAGCCCAUGGAAGUUAAUGUGGAAGCACAGACAAGUGAGAACAAAUUGACCCGUGAUGUUUCAGAGAAUGCGGUUCGGCAGAAUACUGAAAAUGGAAAAUCUACUUCCUCAGAUGGGAAUGUGUCAAGUGAUAGAAAUGGAAAGUCUGCUUCCACAGAACUAGAAUUCCGUGAUUGUGAUCUAGUAUGGGGAAAGGUAAGGAGUCAUCCCUGGUGGCCUGGGCAGAUCUGUGAUCCUUCAGCUGCAUCAGUGAAGGCAAAGAAGUAUUUUAAAAGAGGCACUUACCUAAUAGCGUAUUAUUGGGAUAAUACAUUUGCUUGGAAUGAAGCAAUGCGGAUUAAGCCCUUCUUUGAGAACUUUUCACAAAUGGAGAAACAAAGCAACAUGGAAGAAUUCCACAAUGCAAUUGGUUGUGCUUUGGAUGAAGUCUCAAGGCGGGUAGAAUUAGGGCUGAGCUGUUCUUGCAUAUCCAAAGAAGUAUAUGAAAAACUCAAAACUCAGAUAAUUGAAAAUGCUGGAAUCAGUGAAGAAGCAAGUAGAAGAGAUGGUGGCGACAAGUCUUUAAGUGCUGCUUCUUUUGAACCUGUGAAACUCAUUAGGUUUGUAAAGAAGUUGGCUCAGUUUCCAUAUAGAAAAGUUGACAGACUAGAACUUGUGACAUCAAGGGCCCAAUUAUCAGCCUUCAAUUGCUGGAAGGGUUGUCCUCCACUGCCAGAGUUCAAUAUACUUGGUGGGUUGCUGACUGAUGCUGACAUAUUACUAUUGGGAGAGAAGCAGUGUGCUGAAGCAAGUGAAAAUGCACUUCCAGUAAUUAAGGAUGAGGAUUUGGGGCCGCAAUCAAAAAGUAAAGAUAACUUACCGCAGAAGCGCAAGAACAUGUCUGGAGAUAGUAUGCGCCCGAGUAAAAAAGAGAGAAGUAUACCAGAUGUAGUGGCUGAGAAGUAUUUGUCUACUCCAGUGAGUGAGAAAGGAUUGGAAGGGAAAGUGGGCAGUAAACUGAUUUCACAAUCUUCCAGUAAGAAACGAAAGGCAGCUGAUGCUACAUCUGAUGACUCGGCAGUAAAGCAACGGAAAAUUGAGUCGUUGACAGGGGCUGAUAGUAAUUCUAUACAAAAUAAACAGACUUUUAAAGUUGGAGAUAGGAUACGCAGGGUUGCAAGCCAACUAAGUGGAUUGAGCUCAAUACUGAAGAAUUACAGUGCAACAUCUGGAGCAGUUGAAGUUGAGGAUAAAGGCAAAGGAAGUGAGUACCCAUCUCCUGAUAAGAUGCUGUCUCAGGUCUGCUUGGCGGCUAUAGAUCCCAUGAAUGGAUACAGCUUCUUGAGUUCCAUGAUUACUUGCUUCCAGGAAUUUAGGAAUACUAUAUGCUUGGACCAUUCCAAUCCAAAGGAGGAUCAAAUGUCUCUGGAACAAAUGUUUGGUGGUAAGCUGGUUAAGAAAUCAAUCAGGAGUGGGAAGAAAUCAAUGAGCUCCAGCAUUACUGAAAAAUCCAAGUCACACGAAAUUCCUCCUGAGCAAUCAUCACUCAAGAGUCGAAAUGAAAAUGAAGGGUUAGUGCCUGGAGCUCCAAGUGAUAUAGAGACCUCUACUGAUGAACAGCAAGCAAGUCUUGAGUCGGAUCCCAAUUUGGAUUCUGAACAGAAAAUUGCUGGUGGAGAUAUUGAGUCAGAAACAGUGAAGCCAGCUCUUGUCUCAAGUGAGAGUUGUGAUGAAUAUCUCUCUCGGACAGCUCUGAUCUUGAAAUUUUCAGAUUUGGAGUCCGUCCCUUCAGAGAAAAACCUGAAGAAAAUAUUUAGCCGCUAUGGGCCUUUGACUGAAGUGAUGAGGAAUAACCGCCGGGCCACAGUGGUUUUCGAGAAACGUUCUGAUGCUGAAACAGCUUUCAGCAGCACAGGGAAAUACAGUACUUUUGGACCUUCACUUGUCGGUUACAGCCUCAAGUACCUGCCGUCUAAACCAAGUAAAGCUGCUUCUUCAACCAAUGCGAAAAAGCGUGGCAGAAAAUGUGCAACAGCACCUGGACGCAAUGCAACUAAGUGAUACAUUUUGUUCAGGUAAAAGCUCAAGAAUGAAGUUACUGUUCUGUUUUUCUUUAACGAAACUUUCAAGCAAGAAACCAUAUGAAUUUGUAGUUGACUCGGUAUUUUUAUCGAAAUUGAUAGGACGAAGGCUAAAUAAAUAUGUGUAUAUCCAUGUAGCGUAUUUCGUAAUCGGCUUUCAGAACUUCAUAAUGUAACUAUCUGGUACAAUUAGGAUAGGUUCUCUUGCUGUGUCUGACA